AUGCAGCUGGUUGUAAGACCCAAAUCACUGUUCCUCUUCCCAGCCACACUAGUACUACUUGGCAAAGAACCAGGUGAGCUCCACCCCGCCCCGCCCCAGCGAGCCCCGGCCCCGUUCGUCUCCUUCCCCGCCCCGGCGACCUCCGUCCCCACCCUGCCACGGCCCGGCGACCUCCGCCCCGCCACGGCCCGGCGACCUCCGCCCCGCCACGACCGGCGCACGCGGCUUUGCCCGCAGCCGUACGCCGCCUCGGGCGUGGCCCGUUCGUCGCCGCCAUGGGCGCGCGGCCCGUCCUCGCCGCCGUGGGCGCGGCCCCGUCCUCGCCACGGCCACCUCCGCCGCGCCGCGUCCGUGCGCCCUCGCCCGUCCGUCCGUGCCCGCCCGUCCGUCCGUGCACCUCGCCCCGUCCAAUCGGCGCCCCCGCCCGUGCCUUGCGUGGCCGGCUCCGACGUCCGCCCCCGCGUCGGAGACGCCCACCUAGGCGCGCGCGCCACGAGCGCUCCCGCUCGGUUCGGAGGACGGCGCGGCGCCGGAUGGCUCGAGAUGGCCCGGGACGGCGCGGCCGAGGUGAGCCCCGCGCGGCCAGGACGACGCGGCGCGGCGCGGGGCUCGCGCGCCUCGUGGCCGGAGGGGAGGAGGCGCGGGGCGGGGGCCGUGGCGGGGCACGCCCGUGGCCGGAGCGAGGAGGCGCGGGGCUCGGCUUCGGCGGGCUAG